AUGGCAAGCUUCCGCUUUGGGCAAGUUCGUCAGGCGGGGAUCACCGGUCUGGAAUCGCGUAAGAAGAACACGUGGCUCGGGCCGAGCCCGCCGAAGCCUCCCAGCUCUCCUCCCCACUCUUGUCUUCCUCCUACUUGUCCAGACUUGUCCCCCAUUCACAGCAAAUCACCGACCGCAAAAGUCCCCGUAGUGGCUUCCGGGCGAUUCUCGGGCGCGAUUAUUGCAAGUCUUCAAAGAGUCUCGGGUAUCCUUCCGGUAGAGAGACGAAAGAACAUCGGCGCCGAAGCCCCGCGCGCUACACAUCCGCAAUCUAAUUGGCUCAGCUCACCUUCGGCAUCCUCGGCACGAGCUCCACCUACCGACCCAGCAUGCAGGGCUCAAAGUCCGGCGCCCACAAUGCUGCAUCAGCUGACUUGUUGCUAA